AUGGAAGACUGGCUCUACUACUCCGUCUCCAUCACCUUCUGCCUUGCCGUCUCCAUCCUCCUCUCUUCCCUCCGACCAGUCACCGGAAAGCCGCAGCUCCCGCCUGGUCCACCACUGCUGUCGUUAAUUGGUCCGCUCCUCUUCCUUGGCCGCACGAACUUCGGCAUUGAGCGGAUCGUCUGCGCCGCCCGGUCCCGGUACGGCCCGGUCUUCACCCUCCACCUGCUCCCGUCUCGCCCGGCCAUCUUCGUCGCUGACCAUGCCGUGGCGCACCGUGCGCUGGUGCAGCGUGGCGCGGCGUUCGCCGACAGGCCGCCGGCCAACCUCCCCUCCCGGAUUUUCUCCAGCAACCAGCACAACAUCACGUCCGGUGCGUACGGCCCGCUCUGGCGCGUGUUCCGGCGCAACCUCACCGGCAAAGUGUUCCAGCCGUCGUGCCUGCGCCGGUUCGCCGGUGCUCGCCGGCGCGCCGUGGCGGGGCUCGUGACCGGCAUCGCACGGCAAAUGAGCGGCGACGGGGUCGUCGUCGUCGAGGGGCUCUUGCACCGGGCCAUGUUCCACGUGCUCGUCAGCAUGUGCUUCGGCGAGGGGCUCGCCACCGACGCCGUUGUCGCGUCCGUCGAGGCGCUGCAGAGGGAGUUCCUGACGGCGGCCAUCGGCUUCCAGGUGUUCGGCGUGUGCCCCGCGGUCACCAAGCUCGUGUUCCGGCGCCGGUGGAAGAGGAUGCUGUCUCUCCGGCGCCGGCAGGAGGAGCUAUUUGUCCCUCUCAUACGAACGUGCCGCGCGCAACUCGGCGCCGCCGCCGUUGACUCCUACGUUGACUCUCUCCUCAGCCUCCGGAUCCCCGAAGACGGUGGCAGAAGUCUCACUGAGGACGAGAUGGUGAGCCUGUGCUCCGAGUUCCUGGUCGCCGGCACCGAUUCCACGGCUGCGGUGGUGCAGUGGAUCAUGGCGAACCUCGUGGCGCAGCCGGAGGUCCAAGCCAGGCUUCGGGCCGAGAUCCACCAGGUCGCCGGCAAUUGUAUCCAAGAAGAGCGCCUCACGCGGAUGCCGUACCUCCACGCCGUGGUGCUGGAGGGGCUCCGGCGCCACCCGCCGGGCCACUUCGUUCUGCCACACGCGGCGGUGCCGACGGCGACCGAGGACAGCGGCGGCGCGACGCUCGAGGGCUUCCGCGUGCCGCGGCACGCGUCGGUGAACUUCACGGUCGCCGCGAUGGGGCUCGACGAGGCGGUCUGGCCGGACGCGCGGCGGUUCCGGCCGGAGCGGUUCCUGCCCGGAGGCGAGGGCGCGAACGUUGACCUCACCGGCGGCAAGGAAAUCAAGAUGAUGCCAUUCGGUGCCGGGCGCCGAAUCUGCCCGGGGAUGGCGCUGGCGCUGCUGCACCUGGAGUGGUUCGUGGCCAGCCUCGUCGCCGAGUUCGAAUGGCGGGAGUUGUCCGGCGAGCCGGUGGAAUUCAGCGAGAAGCAGGAGCUGUCCGUCGUGAUGCGGCGGCGGCUCCGUGCCAGCGUCGUCCGGUGCACAAGGAGAGUGAACUGCUAAUGCAACUCAAAAGGUUUUUGAAAUUGUUUCUGCUACUUGUUUGCAUUGCCUCGCUUGUUGGUUGAGUCAUAAGCACGUGAUUCUCUUUCACUAAGUUCAGCUAAAUUUCGCAUGAA